CGUGGUUGGUAAAAACCGAUCUGACGCACUUUUUUUCUGGCGUCGAUUUUUGUUUAUGUUUGGCGCGAGAUCUCAGCAAGGAGCCCAGCGUGCAGGUGCAGAAGGAAGGACUAGACCUAAAAUCAAAAAUAUACAGAAAAGCCCCCCCUCCCCAUUUAAUAUUUCUUUACACGCUACAUGUUUCCGCUGUUUAAUGUAAGAGGUUUGGACUUUCCGGAGAGUCGGCUCCCAGUGCGUGAAAUAAUACUGAGAUGGAACAAACGUGUUAUGGUGAGGGUCCUGUAUCUACCUGACUACCGGUACCGGUUCUACCGCGAUCGCAAAGUACCCUGGCCGUACGUCGUUCUCAGGCGGUUGGCUAUAUUUAAAUCGUUGGUACCCUUUUCUAGCCGUGCACGUGAUACGCGGAGAAGACCAGUGCGAGAUGUGACACUGCCAAUUCUUAUACGUUGUCGCUAUCCGAGAAUUGAGCCGGAUGGCUUUUGACGAUGAAAGCACGCCAUAUUUAGAACGUGUUUUG